AUGGAGUCUCUCUGUUCCAUCCCUGGUAUUCUAAGGGAAUUCAUGGCUACGACAGCUAUGCUGGAAGAACAAGUAGAUAGGAGUGUGGGGUUGGUGGUUGAGCAGGGAAUGACAGAGGAAAGUGGUGGUGGGAAGUUGGAAAUGGCAUCAUGUUCCACUCUUAAACAGAGUCCAUUGCCUAUGAAAGAAACACCCUUAAACUAUCAUCCAUAUCCACCUCCUCUGGCCAGAUAUGAGGAUGUUGUAGCCUGUCCAAGACUCUUCAUGGAUACUUUGGAGAAGCUCCAUGCUACAAUGAGAACCAAGUUCAUGAUCCCUGUUAUAGGGGGCAAAGAUCUAGACUUGCACCUGCUUUUUGUUGAGGUGACUUCUCGUGGUGGCAUUGAAAAG